AUGAAUUCGUUUACACAAUCAACGGUGAUUGAUAAGAUUAAUCAAAAGAUAGAGUGUAUCGAUACAUGGGAGUAUAGAGGUAGCAAAAAGUUAUUCUUGGGUACAUACGAAGGUCUAGUAUUAGUAUAUGAUGUAGUAGAGAAACAAACUUCUGUUGGUACAAAUUGUUCAUUGGUUAUCUUUGAUACAAAACAAUUGUCUAGAAAACCGAUUACACAAAUGACAGUAUUGGAACCCUAUAAUAUAUUGGUGAUUCUAACGGAUGGUGAGAUAAAGGUUUUCGAUUUGCUGUCGGGUUUCUCGCAGCGUGGAAUGCUAAACAAAGCAAAGGGAUGCAAUAUCUAUGCGAUCAGUCAGAACGGUUCGAAUCUAUCGUUGUGUGCUGCAGUCAAGAAGAAGUUGGUUCUCUACAGCUGGGACGGAACCGACUUUAUCGAAGGCAAAGAAUUCAACAUACCCGACGUCACCAAAACCAUCGAUUACCGCGAGAAUCUCAUCGUCGUAAACUUUAAGAAAGCAUACAACAUCAUCAACGCUCACGACGGUAGUGUCAUCAACAUUGACACCGACAAGAUAUCAUACGUUACCUUCUUCCAAGAUAAAGAGUUUCUAAUCGUUAAGAAUAAUAUGUCAUUCUUUAUCAAUUCGGAAGGUACACCAAAUAGAAAGUAUGCACUGACAUGGAAUGAUGUACCGGUUAGUCUUACUGACAUCUACGUCGCUUCGAACUAUACGGUGUGGCGUUUGAAUCCCGUGCCAACAAUGGACUUGGUCGAACAGCUAACCAGCAACAACGAGCAUGAGACCGCUAUCAAUGUGCUCUCGAUCGCGCCCGACACACUUCCAGGCAAGCGCGAGAAACUCUCAAAGAUCAAGAUGAUCGCUGCACACUCGCUGUUUGCACGUGAGCAAUAUCAGAGUGCGAUGGAACUCUACUUGAGCAGCUAUAUCGAUCCGAUAAGAGUGAUCUCCCAGUACCCGGGAUUCCUACCACCUCUGCUGCAGGAGAAGCUGUCGGUGGCCGUCCACACCAAGGACAUCGAGAAGAACGAGAAUGCACUGUCCGCGUUGGAAACGUUCUUGGUGGGUGUGCGUAAGGAACUACAAAAGUCUGACAAACCACCUUACAAUCUCAACCCAAUGGAGCUACUCAACUCUGGCUACGAUCUGCCGACACUCAUCGAUACAACACUGCUCAAAGUCUACAUCAAAUUGAAACCGAGUUUAAUAACGAUUUUCUUUAAUCUAAAGAAUUGUCUACAUAUUGAAGAAUCACAAAGAGUUUUAAUAGAGGAAAAGAAAUUCACAGAGUUGGUAUCAUUCUAUCAAUCUAAAUCGAUGCAUAGAGAAGCAUUGACAUUGCUAGCAAAGAACAAUCCACCAAAAGACACUAUUUCAUAUCUUUGUCAAUUGGGUGCACAAUACCUACCUAUUAUCUUGGAGAAUUCAAGAUGGGUAUUACAGAAAUCAACAAAAGAUGCAAUGACUGUAAGAUAUUGUAAAAUAUUUGAAAAAGAUCAAAAAACUACUAUAAUAUUCACAACCGAGAGAAAAGAUGAAUUGCCACCAGAUCAAAUUAUACAUCAUUUAGAGAAAUACGCACCAACCUUUUUAAUGGAGUAUCUAGAGUAUAUCAUUAAUAAUCCAAUGAGACCUGAUACCACACCAAAGUUCCACAAUGAUUUAAUUUUAGAAUAUCUCAACAAGAUCACAACACUCACUCAAGAUUCAUUGACACCAAGAAUACCGGGUGAAACUGUUGCCGGUACCGAACCAGGUCUAUUGGGUGUACUACGUUCGAAAUUGAUAAACUUUUUACAGACUUCAAAAUACUAUAUACCAGAGAUGUUAUUAAGUAGAUUCCCUUUUACUGAUUUAUAUGAAGAAAGAGCUAUAUUAUUAAGUAGAAUUGGUAGACAUGAACAAGCUUUGGCAAUCUAUGCACACAAGUUAAAGAAUUUCAAGAUGGCCGAAGACUAUUGCGAUAGAAACUAUAAUAGAGAUAAUGAAGACUCAAAGGAUGUCUAUCUAUCGCUAUUGAAUGUAUAUUUAAAACCAGAGGGUAAUAUCCAACCAUUGAUUGAACCUGCACUCAGCCUUUUGAACAAGCAUUACAGAUCGAUCAACACACCAAAGGCACUUAGUUUACUGCCACUCAGCAUUCCAAUCAACCAGCUCUAUCCUUUCUUUGAAGCUGUCAUUCGUGACAACACAAAGACCAAGAGAGACAAUCAAAUUAUAAAGAAUUUAUUAAAAGCAGAACAUGUAAAAAUUAAAGAAGAAUUAAUUAAUUUAAGAUCUGGAGUUAUAAAGAUAACUGAUGAUCUAAUUUGUCCAUUCUGUAAUAAGAGAUUUGUUGGUACCAACGCAUUUGCUGCACAACCCAAUGGUAUUGCUGUUCAUUAUGUUUGCUUCCAGAAUCAACAAUCGAAAAUGAAUAACAUGAACAAUGGUACUCAUAACAUGAGUAACAGUAGCUCCAAUAUCAAUACAAGCAUGCUUCAAAAUGGAUAUCAUUGA